CGCGACUCAGACAGCAGAGGUUCCCCAGGAGUGAGGGAAGUUAUUUUAAUGCAACAAUAAAGACUCAAAUUAGCUCUCAUGGCCACAGAGGUUGUAGAAAAGCCAAGCGAGGAUGCUCCAGUACCUGGAAAAGUCAGCAAUAGGUUUGAUCUGGAGAAGGAGACUGAACUUCGGUUUGAGGUGGAGUCAGGGGAGGCUGCAGAACAACUUGAGCUGGAGCUCCUCUCGGGUAUGGCUGAGGUGUUUGGCUCAGAGCUGAACCGCAACAAGAAGUACACAUUUGGGCCAGGCUCUAAGAUCGCCGUUUUCACCUGGCAAGGCUGCAGUGUGAAUCUCUAUGGGAAGCCAGAGGUGUCAUAUGUGUCCAAGGAUACUCCCAUGCUGCUCUACCUGAACACACACGCUGCCCUGGAACAGAUGCGAAAACAGGCAGAACGUGACAAUGAGAGGGGGCCGAGGGUGAUGGUGGUGGGACCUACAGAUGUGGGGAAGUCGACCGUAUGCCGACUCCUUCUGAGCUAUGCAGUGAGAGUGGGCAGGAGGCCCACCCUGGUGGAACUGGAUGUUGGACAGAGUGGGGUGUCUGUACCGGGGACAGUGUCGGCACUGUGUAUUGAGCGUCCAGCAGAUGUGGAGGAGGGUUUCUCAGUCCAGGCUCCUUUGGUCUACCACUUUGGCUCAACUACACCAGGGACCAACAUCAAACUUUACAAUAAGCUUACAUCAUGCCUAGCCGAGGUGUUUUCCCAGCGCUGUGAGGUGAACAGGAAAGCCAGCGUGGGUGGCUGUAUCAUUAAUACCUGCGGCUGGGUGAAGGGCUCUGGAUACCAGGCUCUUGUCCACUGUGCGUCUGCCUUUGAGGUGGAUGUGGUGCUGGUGCUGGACCAUGAAAGGCUCUACAAUGAACUCAAAAGAGACCUCCCUCACUUUGUUCGGGUUGUGCUCUUACCCAAGUCUGGGGGUGUAGUGGAGCGUUCCAAAGAAUGCAGACGGGACACUCGGGAUGAAAAGAUCAGGGAGUACUUCUAUGGCUUCCGUGGAUUGUCGUUCUACCCUUUCUCCUACGAAGUGCGUUUCUCUGAUGUCCGCAUCUACAAGAUUGGGGCACCAUCCAUCCCUGACUCGUGCCUACCCCUGGGAAUGUCUCAGGAUGACACACAGCUGAAGCUGGUGCCUGUGACACCAGGGAGAGACCUCACUUAUCACGUGUUGAGCGUCAGCAGUGCGGAGGACGGAGAGGAAGGUGCUAGAAAGGGUAUCGUGGAGAGUCCUGUGUGCGGCUUCAUUGUGGUGACUAAUGUGGACACACAAGCACAGGUGAUGAAGGUGUUGUCCCCAGCACCCAGACCACUGCCCAGACACACUCUGCUUAUCAUGGACAUCCGUUUCAUGGACAUGAAAUGAUGAAGGAACAGUUCUGGGAAGAGGACUGGGUCACUAAAGAACUGGGGAUCAUGUAGACAAGUUCUGUUGAGAGGAAUUUACUGUCAGGGGAGUUUUUGUUUUCUUGUUUGAGCUCUGUGAGACUGCAGAACACAAAAGAUUAAAAAUAAGAAAGAUUUAAGUAUCAAAAUUGGUAUCUGCUGUAAAUGAUUCUCCAUUUUAUAAACCACAUUGUACAGAAUUUGUGACAGCGAAUGUUUUAUCAGUACAGUAAUUUUUUCUUGAUAGUCUGUUUUCUACAUGUUUUUUCUUGAGUAAUAAUUUUUUAAGAAUGUAAAACAUUGUGUGUA